AUGUCUGAUAUUAACACAACUCUCCUCAACUCAAUUCAAAAGAUUGAGGUUAGUCUUGCUGAAAUCAAGCAAGCAUUGCAUGAGCUUCAAAGGCAAUUCAGCAAUCAAUUUGCGCCAGCAGUCAGUGUAGAAGAUCUAACUACAAUGCAACAAAGCAUUAUUGAGCAGAGUUCUCUUGAGCGCAUUGCCGAGUCUGUGAAAAGAGCCCAGCUCACAGAGUACCCUGAUCAGCUCAGUAAGGAAGUAAUCAAUACUGGCGGCAAGUUCAAAGGAAAAAACAAAGCACAAAAAUAUAAUCUGUUGCUUCAGAUUCUUCACGAGCAGGGCUGGAAGGCGCGCUGCAAAGAAGUUGCACAAGGGCAGCCUUUACCCCCAUUAGUCCCUCUUUCAGACCAUGAUUUGAUAGUAAAAAGACUGCAUCUCAAAACAUUAGGCCGUACGGUAAAGCAUGAUAUCAUUGAUAAAGACUAUCCUGCGGCCUCAAAAGAAUGGAAGAAUGUCCCAGAGAAAAACAGGGAAUACUACAUGAUGCAUUUGGAGAGGUUGGCGAAGAAUGGUUGA